AUGGAAUCCAUUUCCAAUGUGCACGUGCUGCCAUGUCUAAUAAAGGAGCAGGGCCCCGCCGACGUGGCUCGCGGAUUCUCCGACGGCGUGUUCAGCCUCAACGCUGCGUCGUCGGACGCCGCCGACGGGUUAUGCGGUUUCACGCUGCUUGAUGUCUGCGGCCAGGUGGCGGAGACAGUGCCGUUCCAGGUUGAGGUCACCGAGCACAUGGAGCAGGACGUCUACGCCUCGCAACACGGGACCGACCCGUUGCUGGGUCGCGAGCGUCUGUGCGCGUUUUUGCGCGGCCGCUGUCUGCGCGGCAGCCAGCUUGACCUGAGCGCCUUGGGAUGCCGGCUCUCGAUGGUCGAGGUGUCGCCUCCAAGCUCUUCCUCCUCUCGCAAGAGCCCUAUCGCCAGUAACCCAGCCAUCCGUUCACAAACCCUCCGCGAAACAGCCGAAGUCAAAGCACUGACGGUCUGGGACCAAGACCGCGACAUAAGUCCGCUGGAGCCGUUCCUGGCAGGUUACAAGCAUAUAGCUCUGGCCUCUGCGCUCUCGGACUACUCGGGCGAGCGCGAAUUCGUGGAAAGGUCAGGGAAUUGA